GUCAACAGCGCACCUUUAAGACGGAGCAGCUCAGACACUGAAACUAGACUAACUGGGAUUAUUUCUGUCCAAAUUCACUCCAGCCGGACACCGGACCGGACUGUACCGGAGCAGCUCGCUGAACAGGGACGUCCAAAGUCCAAAACUCCAGCAGAUGCCACCAGAGUGGACAGAGUGAAACGGCUGCAAAUGACUACUUACGGACACAUUGUUGACGCCGUUUUCGGAACCAGAGACUCAUUUUCCAAUUGAAAUCGAACCACGUUUCAGCCGUGAUGGAUUCAGGCAAUGACACAUGCCACCACAUGCACAGCAUCGAAGGCGACACGAGCCCACUGCUCAGUGCCAGCAUGUUCGCUGCAGGCAUCUUUGGCAACGUAGCUGCCCUCGUGAUCCUGGAGAUCCGGCGUCGCAGGGACAUGAAGACUGGGGGAACGAGGCGGCGUGCGUUGUUUCAUGUCCUCAUCACAUCGCUGGUGCUCACAGACUUGGCGGGGACCUGCCUGGUCAGCCCACUCGUGCAGCUGUCCUAUGCACGUAACAAAACUUUAGUUGGGAUGUCUUCUGAAGAUCCUUACAGCGUGUGUCAGUAUUUUGGGGUCAGCAUGACUUUCUUCAGCCUGGCCACUCUGUCACUCCUCUUCAUUACAGCGUCAGAGAGAUGCUUUGCUAUUGGCUACCCUUAUUUAUACAGUCGGCGUGUCACCAUGAAAUGUGCUUAUAUCACCAUCCCGGUGGUGUUUGUGUUAUGUACAUUAUUCUGUCUGCUCCCUUUUGCCGGAUUUGGUAAAUAUGUACAAUACUGCCCCGGCACUUGGUGCUUCAUUGACAUGAACCCAAUGGCGCCAGAGGAUCGAGCCUAUGCCAACCUGUAUGCCACGAUCAUGCUGGUGCUGGUGCUGCUCAUUGUGGCCUGCAAUGGUUUUGUGGUUUACCAGCUGUUCAGGAUGUACCAACGUCGAAAGAGGAACGGCUCAGUGAUGGCGUCCACAAGGCCCAACAGCGACCGCAGGACGAUGUCUAUGGCUGAGGAGGUGGAGCACCUGAUCCUGCUGGUCGUCAUGACCAUCAUCUUCAUCAUCUGCACUCUGCCCCUGGUGAGCCGAGUGUACAUCAACUCCAUCGGGAUUCGCAAAGAGUCUCACCGCCUGGACCUGAUUGCCCUCCGCUUCAUCUCCGUCAACUCCAUCAUCGACCCCUGGGUCUUCAUCCUCCUCUCCCCAAGUGUGCUGCACUUCUUUUGGUCUUCACUAUGCCAGGGUCCCAUGGGACCCUCCAGGGGGUCUUUGUUCAAGUCUUCGCCGGCUAAAGACAAUUCUCAUGCUGACGUAGAGCUGUGUCAGCCGACGCUGCAGACACACAUUUGUCACUCUGUGAACAGUGUAUGACCGCAGCAGUGCUUUGUUGUUGUUUGAUAUUUCUAUUUAUUGGACACAGGAUUGGAAAAUGUUCUGCUGUGUGAUCAUAGAUCAGCAGAGGUUUGGCCGGCCACAAUAUCUCUCCCAUGUGGGUGGUGUGUUUUUUACCCACUGAUCCAUUAUCCAUUAGAUAAUGGCCCUUCCAUCUAACCGAUGAGCACCUCAGAGCAGCUGGUGGCCACUUCUUACCAAUUACUGGACAGUUCCAUCCAUUUCCAGCAUUUCAGCUAAGUUUGUGCAGUUGGACGCACACAAACUUUGUUUGGAGCUUUUUAUUUUUCAUAUUAAGGCUCAACAUUUUGCCUCUUUUGCAGUUUAUAAUUUAUGUAAGCAAAUCAAUUCAAAGAAAAUGACUGCUGUUCAACAAAAAAGACCAGAUCUGGCAGUGAUCUGGAACAGACAAACUGCAAGUGUUUUUCUCUGCAUUGUAAAAAAAAGUCAGUGGUGUUUGGUUGGAGAAUCUUGUGCAAUGAAGUAUGAAACUGAAUGAGUCAUUUUUAAGUGGCAGUAGGUAACUGUAGCAAAGCAUGGUGACCAUAGAAAGCGGAGUACAUAGAAACAGAGAUCAUCAGAUCAACUUGUCUAAUGAUGCUCAUACAGAAAGAUACGUGGGCUGGUUCCAUGUUAAUUGGUAGAUUUCGGUGCACAGGUGACUUUAAAAACUGUAAAUGAACACCUCAGUGAUCACUGGUAUCAUCUUGACAUUUUUAUCUGAUCACCUGUGAGCUUCUCAACCUUGUGACUUUAACCUCUGGUCUGUUUUGGUAACAUUUUCUGCUGCAACCCGACCAGAUUCCAGUUGAAGAGGUCAAAGGGCAAAAAACCCUCGAGGCUUUUUUUGCAAACAAGACAGUUAAAAUUUCCUCCCUUGGGAGAGAGUGAUAAACACAGAAAAAGAUUAUACUGACGGUCAGCAAAAUUUCAUUUAUAUGUACAUGUAAAGCAUGUAGCAUACUGGAUAUAAUAUUUUAUAAAACCUGUUUAUGAAACUGCAUUUCAAUUUUGCCUUGAAAACUACUUUAAGUAACAGCAGAUUGAUAUUCUCACAUAAUCUGGAUAUAACCGUAAUGCUUUUGAUGUACUAAAUGAAUAAUAAUGAAUCAUUUCAGCAACUGAAAAAGAAAAAAUACUUUAAAAAGUCCUGCAUCUCUAUGGAAGCAGCACAAAAAUGGCAAGAGGGAGACAGAACUAAAAGACAUGUUUAAUCCAGUGUAACAGUUACAGUAUCAUAAAUUAGAUGAAAUCAAAAGUCAUAUGAAACAUGACUGGGCAAGAACUGUCAGAAUGUUGAAAACCAAGCAAUUUUUCCAGUUUCUUCCUCUGAUAAAUGGUGGCAUUUUGGCUGCUUUUAAAAUACUUGGGAUUAUUUUGUCCGAUACUUUCGCUGACCAGAUUGUCAUUUUGUUAAUUACUGGAGCAUAAAAGUGAGGUUAGCCAAAUGAACGUAUGCUUUUACUGAAAUUAAAGCUGCCCUGUGGAUUAAUUUUGUAAACAAAGAGACGUUUACAUUCAGCGACACUGAAAUCACACGAAGUUACAGUAAUGUGCACAAUACUGACAAAACCUGGGGCUAAAAAAUAAUCCCACAGGAUGCCUUUAACAUCAAGUAUUUGGCAAUGCCUCUUAUAAUAAAAGGCAUAGUUAUUUCAUAAGCUAACAAUUUUGACAGCAUAGAGUCUAAAGCUGCAGGUAAAUAUGUCACUGACAGAAACUGACUAAUUCUCUAAAACAUACCACGGUUGGACUUACAAAUCACUUGUCAUUUUAUUACACAACUCUUUCACUGAUUUCACUUGGCAGAUAUCUUGCUCUGCCACACUGCUUGGAAGAAACCAUGAAAAGAUUGACUCAAGAUUCAAGUGCCGCUUCAACUGCAUUAGUUUUACAAGGGGUCAUCCUGAAACGUUUCUUCCAUUAAAUACACCAUGUUUAUACGAGACUAAUGCCGCUCAAAGCCCAGAUGGAAAACCUUGUGAUUGCAGUACCUGAUUACAUCCUCAAACUUCUCUUUAGAGCUCCGUUACCAACUCAAGUAAACUCUGAAAAUGCAGGGUUGCUUUCAGGUCCUCCAAUGAAAGUUCUUGUCUAAAAAUCUCCUCUGCCAUUAGUCAGUUUGGAGCUAGCCUACGCAGUCCUGGUGACCGGCCGCCCACCAACGUAGCGCAUCGUUGCAUAACACUGAUGUCAGCUCAAACGGAGCUGCUCACAUCAGACGACUACUGAGUUUCUUGGAAAAAGCAGGUUGUUUUCUCCACUUUGUUCCUGCAUAUUGGUUGAACUUACAUGUGGUGGAUUUCUACUGGUUUAAAAUUACACAACACUAUGGUGAACUGUUGGGAUUGCAGCGUUCUCUCUUUAAAAACAAUCCAGUUUCACAGGGUCCAAGUGUCUGGCGAGAAAAUGAGCGAAUAAAAAGUAUUUGCUGGCUCUCGGGCCGCAAAUCUGUCAAAAGAAAAAAAAAACAACAGCGGCCAAGUUUAAAUGUGUAGA